AUGGCCAAUACAACUACUAUUGAGGAGAUGCAGGAGGCCGUGGCUGAAAACCGACAAGACGCUGCCAGGGCUAGAGGAGGCCUGGGUGAAUCUUCCGCGAGGCAUCUCAACCCAGCUGAUGAUAAAGUACGAGCAGCAUUUCUCACCACACUUUACGAUGCCGUUGUCGCAAAUGUCGAUCCAACCAAUCCAGGCAGCGAGAUUCCGACUUCGCCACCCAGGGACUACGAACAACUUCUCAGCGUGACGAAUGGGCUGCGGGACACUGAUCUUCGCAGCUCAGGCGUCGCUGCCUUGAACCCGGUCCCAGAGACGGAGAACGAAAUCCACGGUAUGGUGGCUAAUAGGCGGACGCAGGCCUAUUCCGUACUCGAUCUAGGCGAGUCCGGCUGGGAAAUGUCUACUAGCUACGUUAUGGGCAAGCAGGGAGUAAACCCGCAGGUGUUUCACUGGCUGGGAUAUUACUACACUCGAAGGGAUCCUACAAGACAUGAUCUUCGUCCAGGCGAGGAGGAGUGGAAGUGGCGCGUAUUUUACAAGAAAAAGGAAAGAUUCUAGCUUAAUUUCCUUUACACCCUAAUCUUUGAUGGCAUCGUGGAUUGGAUCAAGUGGUAUCAAGAUUGGUGGCCUCGCAUUUCUGUCCUGUAUCCAGAGUGGUUAGCUAAGCACAGACGCGAUGUUGAACUACUUUAUGGAAGCAGCAGCGACGAUGGCGACGAAGAGG